GGUUUCUUGUUGUUUAUCAUGAUUUAUCGUUGAUUGCAAUUUUUUUGUUGUUCAUCCAAAUUUAUACUUUUUCAAGGAUAAUUUUUUUUUCGUUUCGUUUCAGUUCAUUUUUUCAAUCAAAUUCCAUCAUCAAAAUUCAUCAUUAUCAAUCAGCAAAGUGUUUGAGAUACAGCAGUACCUGAUGGCAAGUGGACAAAUGGCAAACGAACAAAUUGUUCUUGUUACCGGUGGUUCCGGUCUUGUUGGCCAAGCAAUCCGUACUAUAGUUGAACAAGAAUCGAAAGCUGAAUAUUCAUCAAAAUAUCAAUUCAUAUUUGUAAGCACUAAAGAUGGUGAUCUUUCCAAUGUGGAUGAAGCACGGCAAAUAUUUGAAAAAUAUCGACCCAAUUAUGUUAUACAUCUGGCAGCAAUGGUUGGUGGUCUUUUCCGAAAUCUAAAAUAUAAUCUGGAAUUUCUUCGAACUAAUUUGGCCAUUAAUGAUAAUGUACUAUUGUUGGCCAAAGAAUUUCGUGUACGAAAAUGUGUUUCCUGUCUAUCCACUUGUAUAUUCCCGGAUAAAACAACAUAUCCGAUUGAUGAAACAAUGGUACAUUUAGGACCACCACAUCAUUCAAAUUUUGGUUAUUCAUAUGCAAAACGAAUGAUUGAUAUAUUGAAUCAUGCAUAUUCGGAUCAUUUUAAAAAUAAUUCCAGCGAUUAUGGUGGUUCGGAUAAUUUGCCAAUUUUUACAUCAAUCAUACCAACAAAUGUUUAUGGACCGUAUGAUAAUUUCAAUCUUGAAGAUUCACAUGUUAUACCGGGAUUAAUUUACAAAGCUUACAAUGCCGUACAAGAUGCUAAAUUGAAAAAUUCAAAUACAGCAAAAUUAUUGGUAUUCGGUAGUGGUCGACCACGACGUCAAUUUAUCUAUUCACUAGAUUUGGCUAAAUUGAUUCUAUGGACAUUGGAAAAUUACAAUGAAAUUGAACCAAUUAUUUUGAGUGUUGAUGAAAAUGAUGAAAUUAGUAUUGGUGAUGCAGCCAAAAUGGUUGCCGAUACAUUCAAUAGAUCAUAUCCGGACAUCAGAAUGGAAAUUCAAUUCGAUACUAAUUAUAGUGAUGGACAAUUUAAAAAAACGGCUAGUAAUUCGAAAUUGAGACGAUAUUUACCUGGAUUUUGUUUCACAUCAAUGUCUGAUGGUAUACGUGAUACGGUUCGUUGGUUCAUCACCAAUUAUGAUGUGGCUAGAAAGUGAAUUUGAUUUGAUUUAUUACCAUUUGAAAUAUAAAUGAUUUUAUUAAAAAAAAAUUUAUUUCACGCUAAUA